GUAUUUCAGCAUAACGAGGCAACAAACGUUUCAAGAAGCUAGCGUUAGCAGCUUUCUUCGCCCGGAGGACUGCACAGUCUAAACCUCAGCAACCAACCGGCAGCCCUCCAGCCAUUGGAACAUAAGGGAGAGCACUGAAAUCCCGACACCCCCAUUUAUCUAGAAGAUUCACCUGAAAAGCAAACAUCAUACAGUACUUAACCUGCCAUGCUUGUCUGGACUGUAUGUUUUGACUGAGGAAAAUGUUCCAUCUUGGAAAAACUGCUCUAUUGCCAUGUUGGGUUGGGGGUAAGGUUACUUCUUUGUCAUUAGAAUAGGAAAUUAAUGUUAGAAAUAACAUCAAAUGAUAGCUUGUAUUGAGAUUGACUGGGUUUCUGCUUUUUCUACCUUUCCUCCCAAAAAAUGAAUUGAAGUGGGUAAGCAUUUGUGAGAAGGUAUCUUGCUUAUGGGAUGUCCUUCCCAGAAAAGUUUGCCUAGUGACAGCUUCAAGGCAUUGUUGAGCCAGGCAUGAACUUGUUCAGAGCAACAUGCAAAAUAAAGCAAUACCAAGUCAGUUGUAAAUCAGUAAAAUGACUUUUUAAUUUUUUAUGAUGAGUUUUAACUACAUCUCAGAACUUGUGUUGUAGGAUAGCUAUUUAAACAGAAGAACAACAGCUUUGCUUUUUAAAAAGCAUAAGACUAUUAUACCUUCUUAGCUUAAUUCAAUUUUUUGUUUCCUUUGAAACUCACAAUAGACCAUCUAAAAAGAUGAGAAGCACCAAACUACUGCUUUCUAAUGACUACCAGGAGGGUUUGAAAGACUGAUGCAGAGAAUUAACAAGAACGUAGUUCUGGGCCUUCUUACCCUGACCAGCUCAAUCUUUCUCCUGUUCCAGUUGUACUAUUAUAAGUAUUAUCUGUCCCCAAAGAACGGAGCUGUUUUCCCCAAGAUUAAAGGGAGCAAAGCAGGACAAGACAGUAGUCAAUGGCACGUGGUUAGGAAAUUUCUGAAUUUGGUGGCCAGCCACAACAUAGCUGUGCAUCUGAUUGAUCCCAUCCUUUUGGGACUGAUUGACAGAGAUUUGGAGCAGCUUAGGACAUUCUCUGAUGGCAGCCCCUCAGAAUGCAAAUACUUCUGUGCCCCAAGGGAUUAUACCACAUUUGCACUACUGGACAAAACCUGGAAACUUGAAGUGGGCUUGUUUCAGGCUGCUGAGAGAAUGGGAUUCCAGUGGCUAAAGCUUCAGAGUAAAGAUCCACGGUUAGAAGGGAUGGAGGAUCUCUCUGGAACAGAAGUCCCCCUGCAUUACAUCUUCAAGCAGGCAACUCAUGCCAUCCAUCUAGUAGUCUUCUAUGAAAGGAGUGGCAACUACCUCUGGCAUGGGCCACUACGGCUGAAGCAGCACAUGGACAGGACUUUUGUGCCUUUCCAGAAGCUACAUUUUGGACGCUACUCUGGAGCCUUUGACAAGAUGGAAUUACUAACUCUUUCCAUUGAUGGAUUAAUAGUCCAGAUUCCAAAAGAGCCAUCCAGGUUCCUCGAGGAAAGGUCUCACUCUAGAUUUGUGGAAUGUCGAUACAGAGAAGCUCGAUCUUUCUUCCAGCUGUACCCUGAUGAUACAUCCCUUGAGGCAGUGGAAUUCAGGAAAAAAGCCAAGGCAUUGCUGCAUCUUGCCGCUCUGACAUUGAACACUUUAGGAGUACGAUUCUGGCUGAGUAGCGGAACUUGUCUUGGCUGGUACAGACAGUGCAACAUUAUUCCUUACAGUAAAGACGUGGACUUGGGGAUUUUUAUUCAAGAUUAUAAACCGGAUAUUAUUCCAGCAUUUCAGACGGCUGGAUUACCGAUAAAGCACAAAUUUGGGAAGGUUGAAGAUAGUUUAGAGCUCUCCUUCCAGGGAGGAGGAGAUGAUGUGAAGCUUGACAUUUUUUUCUUCUAUGAAGAGGAUGACCACAUGUGGAAUGGAGGAACCCAGGCCAAAUCGGGCAAGAAAUUUAAGUACCUCUUUCCCAAAUUCACCCUAUGCUGGACUGAGUUUCUAGAACUUAAGGUACAUGUGCCAUGUGAAACCCUCCACUAUAUUGAAGCCAAUUAUGGUAAAGACUGGAAGGUUCCUGUUAAAGUGUGGGAUUGGAAAAAUUCACCCCCCAAUGUCCAGCCUAAUGGAAUCUGGCCUAUCCAUGAAUGGGAAGAAGUCAUUCAACUCUACUGAUUGAUCUGUAAGAUACUGGCAUCAGAAAUGUAUUUGUUGCCAUUUGCAUCAUGCCUCACCUAGAAGUCAUCAGCAUUGGGAUGCUUCAUGGAUUUGGUAAUGAAUGACCUUGUAAAGGAUUUUGCCACUGCUUCAGUGGUACAAUACAUGUGGAAAUUGGUGCCCUGCUUCAGGAUUUUCUGUAGCUGAGGAUGGAAGAAUUCAGAAAGCGUUUUCAUACACACACACAGAGUAUACAGUAUAUAUAGAGAGAGAGAGAGAGAGAGAGAAAAGAUGAAAAUGAACACUGGCAGCUAUUUGGACGUUGCGUUACGGCAAACAUGCUUAUAUCAAGAAAGCAACUCUUCGUUCUCUUCUAAUCUACAAUAAUCCUGAGAUAAAAGUACUACUCACCCAACCAUGUUUGGCAGCCUAUCAGGGCUCUUUAAAUUGGGAGGUUUGGUACUCUACCCAAAAUCAUAAAAACUGGGCAGGGAAAAUGUCCUAGCAGAUCACUUUAAAAGAAAUCUUGUCAAAGGAGAAAAAACGAAAUACAGGUAGUCCUCACUUACCGACCAUAAUUGGGACUGGCAACUUGGUCACUAAGUGGUGCAGUAAGUAAAUGUGACAUCACGUGACCACACCAACUUACAACAUCAGUUCUGGCUGCGGUCGUUAAGCAAAUAAUGCAUAUUUAUUAAGUGCAACAUCACAUGACUGCGACUUGUGACUUUCUACCAGCUCCCCAUUGAUGUUGCUUAUUGGAAGCUGGCUAUGAAGGUUGCAAAUGGUGAUCACUUUACUGCAGGAAACUGUGGCCAUUGUCAAUGCCAAGCAGCCGAAUUGUGAUCAUGUGACUGCGGGGAUGCUGCGAUGGCGGCAACUUUGAGGACCAGUUGCAAAUCUCCUUUUUCAGCACCAUCAUAACUUCAAACAGUUGCUGAACAAGCAGUUGGUGAGUGAGGACUACAUGUAGUGAGUUAUUUCCUGUCUUUAACUCCCUGUGGUCCAUGCUGUUCUAAAUGGAAAUAAAGCUGAACCACAUGUCCCUUUUAGAGGCAAAACUAAAAAGUUAGAAUUGCUAACAAUAUGUGGGUGUAUCUGUAUCUGGGGAUAGUUAUAUUAGUCUAUUGUAGCAAAAGCAACCAAAUGGUUUUUAGGAUUUUAAAGACUGGCAAAUGUACUAUUAUGUAAGCUUGCAUGGAUCACAUUCCAUUUCUGUGCCUCUGAUGAAAUGGACUAAAAUGCAUGGAAGCUUAUGUAAUUUAUUAGUGUUGAAAUGACCACAGAACACCCUCUCAUGAAUCCUAGAGUAUUUUUAAAGUUAGUAUCAGAUGACCAAUUUGAAUACUUGUUAAAGUUUGUUGCUGUGGUUGAGGUAAGUAUUGGCUAAUAGACUUCUGAAAUUCAGAUAUUGCACACUGAAGCAUUGAAGAUAUCUAGAUGUGCGGGGAUUCUGGAGUCUAAAUACUUGGAGAUUUUAUUAGCAUGAAAGGUAAUGUUUCUCUGCUUUCACACACCAUCUAGAGAAAUGAAGAAAGAGUAACAAUAGAAGCUGGCCAUCCUUAGUCUACUAAAUAAUGUUCUGUUGUAAUAAAUAGGAAGUAUCUUUGGAUUUGGAUCAUUUUAUUAAAAUAUAUUUUUUAAAUUAAUUAUGACGACCUGCUAAUUAAGGAGAUUGAAAUAGAAAAAAAGUGUCCAGCAAACAGAAUUCCUGUGAAGUGUUAAAUGAAACAGAACUAAACCUAUGAAAGAGUUUUCAUAGUACAUAUUAUUUAUAUAUAUGACAAACUGUGUCCUAAAGGCAGUUCUAACUAUUUGGAGCUCUUUUACAAAAUCCAGUAAAGUAAGAAUUGGUUUUGUUUUUGUGGAUAGAAAAUGUGAGUAGAAUAUUUUCCAGUGCACACAAGUACACAAUUUGCAUAUAAUGGAAAAACAGAGUAAGAACUAAUGCAGAUUCUUUGACUUAAAUAGUAUUUAAAUUAUAAGGUAUCUAACUUAUCGACAGAUAUAUCUAAUUUAUUGACCAAUUUGUUUGCCAUUUUGUACAAGGUACAGUAUUCUUAUAUGUUAGUUUAGUGUCAUUGAAUCAAGUCUGACCCUGAUUAUCGUAUGGACAGAUGCCUUCCAUCUUGACCCAUCCCUAGUAACAAUCUCGAGGUCUUCUAGGGACAUUUCAGUUAUCCCUGAUCAUUCCAUCCACUCAUCCAUUGUCUUGCCCUUUUUCAAAUUCCCUCAACUUGCCAUGGGUAGGCAUUUUAGUUGUGUUUAAAUCCCAUUGGAAUCAGUGGGAAUAUAAUCUCUAGGCCAGUUUGAAGAACAGCCUCAAUCCAGCGGAGCACAUCACUUGAACCUUGAUUGAGGCCUCCAGUCAAGAUGGACUUCUUCAGUUCUGCCAGGUGCAGAAAGUCAAAAAGCACCUGCUUGAGUGAGGCUCCACCAUGCUAAGCCUCACAAGAAUAUUUCAGCUGGAGUGAAGUACUCUUUCAAAGCCCUGCAAAUCUCAACUGUCCUAUUUGGAUCAUGGUCAAGAUUCCAAUGUCCUUGCUGUAUUUGUUGUGCUGGUGUAUACUUUUAACUUUCGGUUCAGUCUGUUACUCAUUACAAAGUUAGUUAAAGUGAUCUGGGACUUUAAAAAAAAAAAAAAACCAGGAUAGCACCUACCAAGUGUUUCUU